AGUACUCUUACAUGAAAUGGAGAAUUCUGCACUCAUUUUUGUUUUGUUUUGUUUUUACUUAAGUGAAGGGUCUGAGUACUUCUUCCACUGUUCUACACUGUAAUCAGACAGACUAUAAGACCACACUGAGACUUCACAGACUAUGUCCCAUGAACCAAACAAAAUGAGAGACCAGAGUGGGAGUGAAACAGUGCAGCUUCAGUGUCAAAGGAAUGGAGAGAAUGGCACUUCUGUGCCCACUACUUCCUACUGCUGUGUUCCCCAUCUCGCCCUCUUUGACUUAUUCACUCACUCAGUGUGUCAACAACAGAGACACAGCUUCACACAGCAGAUUGUGUUUGAAAUAUUGGUACAUUAACUCAAGUUCUACAGUUUUGAGAAUGAGUGUUUUUGACCGCCUGGCACCUUUGAUCCCUCAAUUAUCUGCAUCCUCCCGACAAACAAAAGAACAGCCAUUGGUCUGUUUGACACCUCCUGUCUCCCUCUCCUCUCCUAUCAUCAAAAAGAAACCCAUUCAAAUCCCAUCAUUUGAUGAGAAAGGACUCAUCCAUGAGAACUCAAAACAGUCAAACACAGACAGGUCUUUUGUUCCAAUUUGUUCCUCCAAGACAUUCAGUCGGCCCUCUUGGAGUAAAUCAUGUCAGUAUUCACAGAGAAACCACGCAGAAAGGGCUUCAACCCUCCCAAGAGCCAAGCCCAAAACAUAUAGCUCUCCAACUCUCUCUACAAAGCCAAGAAUCUCCAUUUUUCCUGCUCCAGAGCCAAAUUCCUCUCCCACUCUCUCCUCUCUGAAACCAAAGCCGAGUGAUUCUCUUCAUCUCUCCGCCUCACAGCUGAGUGAUCCUUCUCCAUUACUGCACCAGCCUCAACCGAAGCCAAGUGUAUCUCCAACUCUGACUGUCCCAACACCCAGACUGAGUCCAUCUCCAACUUCCCUGUGCAGAGGGAUGAGUUUGGAUGGCCAAGUAGGCAAGCAGCCCUCUCCUGUUGCUAAAGAACGACGUGCUAGAUCGAUUACUAUAUCAAAUACUAAAGUUGAGCCUGAGGCAAAGCAUGACGUUCUUGACCAAGAAGCUUUACUGGACUUUACUCACCCUGCAUUGAGAAGAGUUUGUCCCAUAACGUGCAGAGAGUCUCGACAUCAGACUUACUCCCAGAGACAAGCAGCCACGUCUCAGAGUUCCUGCUUUUUGCAAGGAAAAGUUGGUUUAAGCAAAAAAGAAAAUAUUGUACUUGACAAACCAAAGCCUCCGCCAAGGAAUAUAGACAUUACUGCAAUCCCUAAACCAAAGUCAAACAUCAAACAGCUGCAGGAACGUCUGCCAAGUGGAGCGACAGGUACACAAACAUCUCUUUCAGAGUCUGAAGGGAUUAAGACUGUGAACGUUCAGAGAGAAUCUCAGUCUGUGUUUGAUGGACUGGCUACAAAGUCGAGCCUUCACAGGAAAUGUAUAGACUACCUUCCGAGUAGAGCUGCACGAUUUGCCUCCAGUGAACAAUCGUAUGAGCGAAUAUAUACUGAGAGAAGUUUACCAGUGACUCCCAAAAUGUCGUUUUCCACAGAGCCUCUCUGGAAUCAGUCGACUGUCUCACCCAAUAUUGAGAACAGGAGAAGACGUUUUGGCUUCAACAAUGAAACGAAAGUGGAUACAACAUUUCUAUCAGGACCGAAGGACGAAAACAAUAUAAGGACAACUGCAGGAAAUUCAUUUCAACCAACCACUGCAUCAGAAGACAACAAGUCUCCUCAGAAACACAGAUUCUGGUCGAAGGCUCAGAGUCAAACCACCCAGAUGGAUGUGAAGAGUGCAGUAAGUCAGUCUGAGUGUGUUUCGAAGGAUUACAGCUGCCAGUCAAGAGACGCUGAUCGAAAAAUGGAGGUUCCUCAUCUCCCAGGCAAAGUAAAAGCCACAAAGAGGUGA